AAAAGUGAGAAUCAGCACACAGAAGCUUAAACCCAACCAUUACUCUUCUUUCUUUAGCAAUGGCGACGCCGGUGAAUGUGUUCGGACCGCCGUUAUCCACCGCCGUAUCCAGAGUCCUCGCCUGUCUUCUCGAGAAGGAUGUUCCAUUUCAGAUCUCGCCGGUGAACAUGGCGAAAAAAGAGCACAAGAGCCCCGAAUAUCUUAAGAUUCAGCCAUUUGGUCAAGUCCCUGCGUUUCAAGACGAAAGCAUCUCCCUCUUCGAAUCAAGAGCAAUCUGCCGAUACGUUUGCGAGAAACACGCGGAGAAGGGGAAUAAAGGACUGUACGGACUUGAUCAGUUACAGAAAGCUUCGAUCGAUCAAUGGAUUGAAGCGGAGGGGCAGAGCUUCAAUCCGCCGAGUACGAUUCUAGGUUUUCAAUUGAUUUUUGCGCCGAGGAUGAAUGUUCCACAGGACGAGAAGGCGAUUAAGGAGAGCGAGGAGAAGCUGUCGAAGGUGCUUGAUGUGUACGAGCAGAGGCUGGAACAGAGCCGAUAUUUGGCCGGAGAUGAGUUCUCGUUGGCCGAUCUUUCUCACUUGCCUAACAUUCAUUACUUAGUGAAUUUGACGGAUAGGGCGGAGCUUUUCACGUCGAGGAAGAACGUGGAGCGGUGGUGGAAUGAGAUCUCCGGGAGGGAAUCUUGGAAGGAGGUGGUUGAAAUGCAGAAGCAGGGAUCUUCAUGAGCUUUGUUUUUGCAUUUGAUCGAAUAUUUGGGGAUAAUAAAGGGUCGUGUGUUCUUCGUUUUCUAAAUAAAAAUUAAAGAGUUAUAACUAUUAGUCUUUGAUUUUCUCCCUCUCAAUCAAAUUUAUUUUACGAAA